UGAGGAUCCCCGGAAGAAAGAAUGAAGGAAAGCAGGCAGUCCCAGCUCCAGCCUGGGGGUAGUGCUAUGGCGUCCACUGGGCUGGGGAAGGUGCCAGGCUAGAGCCCAGGAAUGUGGGUGAUCGGGUGCCCACACCCUGGGAGGAGAGGCUGAGCAGCCCACGCCCACGGACAGCAGGGUGGAGGGUUAGGAAGAGAGAUCAGGGAUGCUGGGCCCCCUUCUGUGGUCCCAAAGGACCUCAAACCCUUGUCAUACUGAGCCAAGCCUCACCAGCCUUCCUGGCCAGGGCAUGGGAGGGGUGGGAGAGCUGGUGUGUCCCAGGACAGGAAGGGAGUAGUGGAAACCACAGAGGCCAUCUCAGGAAGAACAGCCCUGACCCCCAGACCCUGACCAGGAGAGGGAAGGGACACUGAUGGGGACACGCAAUGGUGCCGCCCGCGCGGCUAAUGGGGCAGGGAAAGGGGUAGCACUGCUGGAGGACGGCGGAUUAAGGACUAAGGCAGAGGUACAAGGUUCGGCCGUGGCAGUGAGAAGACUCAGUCCAGCCACCCGGCCCAGCCCAGUCAUGCAAAUACAGGAAGAUGGAGACAACCUUAUCCCCUUUGCCAAGUGUUCCAGGGUGGUCAGCCGAUCGCCACCCCCCAGCUUGCCUUCCCAGAGCCUCAGACUGACACCCCGGCAUUAUGGAAACACCUUCUGGGAGAACCUUGGUCAAAAGCCCAGGCCCACUUGGAUGGAGGAACCGUACACCCCACCCCUGCUGAGAGUCACUGGUUGCUCCCAGCCUGGCCUGUACCCCCCUGAGGGGCUCCCACCCCCGGAGAUGCUCUGCAGAAGAAAGAGAAGGAGGCAACAUUUGGCGGGAAUGCAGCAGGGAUCUGGGAGCAUCCCAGCCCGAGUGAGGGCUGUCACUUACCACCUGGAGGAUCUAAGGAGGCGACAGAGAAUCAUCAAUGAACUGAAGAAGGCCCAGUGGGGCAGCUCUGGGGCUGCACCUGAGCCCCUGGGGCUGGAUGAAGACGGCUAUGGACAACCCAGCACCCCGCGACACCCUGAUCCGGAGGAGAGGGCAAACUCCCCAAGGGAAGAGGACAACCUCCUCAGUCCUGGCAGGGCCCAGCUGCUUUGGUCUCCCUGGAGUCCCCUGGGCCAGGAGGGGUCUUGUCUCUCCAGGGGGCUGAGUUCUCUGGCCUCCUUCAGCACCGCCACAGCCAGUAGGGACCCCGUUUGCAGUCGCUGGGGGAUGGAGCUGUGGUCUGAGGAGUAAGGAGAAGCCGUCCACCCCAAGGUGCGGCCGUGCCUCAGGGGCCCAAGACGAGUUCUUGGCGCUGGAAUCUCCGGCAUUUCCGACGUCCAGGCCUUCCCCUUCUCCUUGGCCCCCCCACCCUCCUCUCCCAUCCUCUGGACUAGGCGCAGACAGCCCCCUGGCUUCCAGCCCGCCCCGCCCCUCUCCCAGGAGCUCCCCAGCGUCCCCCAGGCCGGCUCCCUCCCCCUGUGCUCUCUUCUCUGUUCUGUUACCAAAACCCAGCAAGUUGA